AUGUUUGACAUUGCCAAUCCCAAUGAAGUUUGUUACAAAUGCACAAGAUGCAAUCGCAAUUCUCUCAGAUACACCAUGACAAAUAAAAGAACUGCCAAGUGUCAUACCCAGAAUGAUAAUGACAGGAAAAUAAAUAAAACCAUUAAUGUUUUGACAGCCGAAGUAAACACUAGUGAAGCUGAUAUGGACAUAGAUCAAAUUGAAGAACAUAUUGAAUAUAAUAAUGAUAAUUACUCUGUUGGUGCACCCUUGCCAGAGCAGUAUGUCAAUACUCACUUACCUCUUUUGUAUACUUCAGAGUCUGAGUCUGAAUAUGAGUUGUCGGAUGAAUUUGAGCAAGAAGAACAGAGCAGAGAGCAAGAACAGGAGUCUACAGAAAACCUUCCAGAGAAUAUUUGGCAUCAAGUAAUUGCGGUUUUCACUGUGAUAUUUAUUUCUAGCUUCAUUGUAGAUGAAGGUGCAGUAAUUUUGAUAACAUUCAUAAAUACAAUCCUCGAACAUUAUAGAGAGAAUUUUCGACUUCCUACAAGCAUUCCAGAUUUGAGAAAAAUGACAGGAUACAAUGACUUGAUAAAAGGCAUAUCAAAAUAUGUAGCAUGCAGUAAUUGUCACACAUUGUACAAUUACAGCAACAACACAUAUACAUUCUGCAAUUUCAAAAGAGUUGGUAGUAAGACGUAUUAUAAAAAUGAUCUCUACAAGUCUAGUAUGAAGAACACUAUUGUUGUAUCCAACAUAAUCGUAGAUUUAAAUUAA